AUGGACCUCGUCGUCGGCGCUUCAAGCAACGCCGUGAAAUCACUCGUCGGCAAGCUGGGAAGCCUCCUCGCCCAGGAGUACACCCUAAUCCAGGGCGUCCACGACGACAUCCAGUACAUCAACGACGAGCUGGCGAGCAUGCAAGCCUUCAUCAACAAGACCAAGCGAGCAGCCGGCCACGACGAUCAGAGGCAUGACUGGAUGAAGCAGGUGCAGGAGGUGUCGUAUGAUAUCGAGGAUUGCAUCGACGACGUCAACCACCGGCUCGGCCACGAGCCCCGCGGGAACGGCAAGCUGAUUUACCUCCGGAAGAAGUGGUACCUCCUCAAAAAGCUCUAUGCCCGCCGCUGCAUCGCUGCCGACAUCCGCAACCUCAAGAUCCGGGCGCAGCACGUCAGCGACCGGCGCACCAGGUAUGGGGUGGAGAACCUUACAGGCAGCCAGACCGAGGAAGACGACGCUCCCACAGACCGUGUAACCCCUCCUGAGCUCAUUGGUACCAAGCAGCCUGUGGGGGUAGAGGAUGCCAUGGGCGAGCUUGGGGAAUGGUUUCAAGAGGGGAAUCAGAUAAUACCCAAGAGGUUCCUUGCCAUUGAUGGAUUUGGUGGCCUCGGGAAGACCACGCUCGCCCUGGAGUUGUACCGCAAGUUCGGAGAUGGAUUUGACUGCAGAGCGUUCGUGCAGGUGUCGCAGAAGUUCGAUCUGCUAAUGCUUCUGAAGAGCCUUUUCAUUCAGUUCCGUGAGCAGCAGGCUCACGAUGAUUUGUCUGUCAGAGUUGAGGAAUUGGAAGAAAUCCCUCUCAAAAAGAUGCUCGCUCGCCAAUUAGAAGAUAAGAGGUACCUUAUCUUGAUAGAUGACAUCUGGUCCGUAUCGGCAUGGGAAAAGAUUAACGAUUCUCUACCAGAUAGUUCCAAGGGUGGUAGAGUAGUGGUGACAACAAGGUUUAAAUCUGUAGCUGUGGCCUGCUGUCGUCAAAAUGGGUUUCCUUAUGAGCACAAACCGCUUGAUAAAAAGAAAUCCUACAAUUUGUUUCAUCAAAUAAUCCCCAAUGCUCCCCAUCACCCCACAGAUGUUGCAUCAGAUGUUUUGAAAAAAUGUGGGGGUUUGCCUUUGGUGAUAACUGUGGUAGCUGGGCUUGUUGCUAGUAAACUGAGCUCAGGACCUAGUGCGUCAACUUUAGAUCACUAUUUGCCUGAAGUUGCCAAUGCUUUGAGUGGAGAGCUGGAAACUAACCUCACCACUCAAGGUGUAACAAAAAUACUUGAGAGGUGCUACACUGAUUUGCCGGCCGAUCUGAAGACCUGCUUGUUGUACAUGAGCAUGUUUCCGAAGGGACGCUCUAUCAGUCGAAAGCGUUUGAUCAGAAGAUGGAUAUCAGAAGGGUUCAUUAUUGAGAAGCAUGGCAAGACUGUGGAGGAAGUUGCCGAAGACUGCUUCAAUGAACUGAUUGUCCGGAACUUGAUUCGGGCAGUCAGCAACAGCAGCAACGGAAAGGUUAAGAACUAUCAGAUUCAUGACAUGGUUCUUGAAUACAUUGUUUCCAAGUCAAGCACCGAGAAUUUCAUCACAGUAGUGGGUGGUCACUGGCAGACACCGUUCCCAAGCUAUAAGGUACGCAGGUUGUCUGUCCAGAGAAGUGAUGAAAAAGAAACAGUACAGAGGAUGAAACUAUCGCAUGUCCGGUCCUUGACGGCAUUUGAGAGCUUCAAAGAACUGCACUCUUGUUUGCUGAAGUUUCAGAUAUUACAAGUUCUGGAUCUUGAAAGUUGCAGGGACUUGUCCUCCCAUCGGCUCGACAAAAUAUGCAAAAUGCAUCAGUUGAAGUACCUGAGCCUGCGUCGUACAGACAUUGGAGAAAUACCAUCCCAAAUAGGUAUGCUGGAAUAUUCGGAGGUGCUUGACAUUAGGGAGACAAAAGUCAGACAAUUGCCAAAAUCAGUUAAGCAGCUUAAGCAAAUGACCCAUCUUCUUACUGGCAAUAAAAGCAAGAAGAUGGCAGUUACAUUAACAGAAGAAAUGACAAACAUGACAGCUCUUGAGACACUAUCUGGUGUAGGAAUAUAUGGAAGAUCAAGGUCUAAUCAAGGCAAGACGGGUAUAUUCAAGGCAGCUACCAGCGGCACAUCUAAAGAAGUGAUUCAAUCCUUGGAGAAGCUCACCAACCUGAAGAAACUUAGCCUUUACAUAAUUGGAAUGCUUGAAAAGGCAAAUGAGGAAUCAUUGCUCUCUGCCAUUGAGCACCUGAGCAGCUGCUCCCUCAAGUUUCUGGCAAUUGACGAUGGUUUCACCGGCUUUCUUGAAAAUUCAUUCAGCUCUUCAAAAGCACCGCCAGAGCACCUGCACACCCUCGAGCUUUCUGGAAUGUUGCGAAAACUGCCCCAGUGGAUUGAACGUCUGCAUAGCCUUGGAAAGCUAACUUUGUCGUUAACUUCACUCAAGAAAGGGACAUUGAAAGAUCUUGGUAAGCUGCCUCAGCUGUUCUCCCUUAUUUUUUCAAUCGAUGCAACAAACGAUCCAAGCGUUCUCAAAAUUAUAGAUCAGAAUACAUCGGAGUCGGGAGGGGAGAUAUUUGUGCUGCCCGGUGGGUUUGAAAAGCUUAAACUAUUGCGCUUUGUGGCAAUAAUGCUGCCACCUCUGAGUUUCCUCGGAGGGGCCAUGCCAGUGCUCCAGAGGCUUGAGCUGAGGUUCAGAAUUUCCGAGGGUGUUCACGGCCUGGAAAAUCUUGCAAGCCUCCGACAGGUGUUCCUCACAGUCAGCAGCAAGGCACCUAAGGCAGCCGAGGAGAUCAAACGACUUGCAAGCAAGAUUGGAAGCCUCCCUUCUGUUAUCGUCGAUGAAUACAACGAAUCAUCGGUCGAGCCGAGUAAGUAG